CUGCUUCUUCUCUCUCCCCAUUCCUGCACGAGCCGCGCUCGCUGCAUCGCCCCGUUCCCUCUGCUCCAGCCUGUACGACACUCACGAUAUCAUCUCUGUCGUAAUACUCGCUAUCCGACGCGUCUCGAGAAGCCAGAUACCAGUUCUUCGCGCGCCUGACCCUCGCUUCUGCGGACAGACGGGAUGUCUCAGACACCAUAUCAGCCCGUGUUCACCAACACCAACCCCUACGCAGCCCAGGGCGAGCCACGCGAUACCCAAUUCUACACCCCGGAGACCGAGCACCUCCAGCUUCAUGACGACAACCUUCCCGUCGGCGCUGCUCCCCCCCGUUUCAUGGGCCAGGCCUCCCGUGAGAACCGCUCGUCCUUUGCGUCCUCCAAUCCUACCCUCGCUGGAGAGGACUAUAAUUCUUCGUCUUAUGCCCUGAACGACGGCGGCAAGCCCGGCUUCUACGGCCUCAGCUACAACGACUCGGACCUCAACGCGUCGCGGCCGAAGGAGGCCUAUGGCUCCCCCUACGCCGACCAGGGGCGGUCCUAUGCUCCUUCCAAGGGGUCAUCGUCGCGCAAGAAGGCGAUCAUCAUCGGCUCGGUUGUCGCACUUCUCGUCAUCGCAGGCGCCGUCAUCGCCGUCUACUUCACUGUCAUCAAGCCAAAGUCCGACAAGGACGGCACGGCCAGCGGCGCCGCGACAAAUGGCACCGGCAACUCGACAGGCUCGUCCGGCAACGGCAACAGCAAUGCGCUCGCCGUCCAGACUGGCAGUGACGGCAGCACGGUCACCAUGGAAAACGGUACGACCUUCACGUACAAGAACUCGUUCGGCGGGUUCUGGUACGUCGAUCCCGCGAACCCAUUGUCUGGCAGCGGUCGUGCUCAGUCGUGGACCCCGCUGCUGAACGAGACCUUCAAGUUCGGCGAGGACCCGAUCAGGGGUGUCAACGUUGGUGGAUGGCUUGUCACUGAACCGUUCAUUGUCCCCGCGCUCUAUGAGCAGUACGUAAACACUUCAAACCCGGCUUUCGAUGAGUGGGAUCUGUCACAGCGCAUGGCUGCUGAUACCGCGAACGGAGGUAUAUCGCAGCUCGAGAAUCACUACAAGACUUUCAUUACUGAGAAGGACUUCGCUGACAUCGCCGCGGCCGGUCUCAACUUCGUUCGUAUCCCCAUCCCCUACUGGGCUAUCGAGACGCGCGAAAAUGAGCCCUUCUUGGCCAAGACUUCAUGGACGUACUUCUUGAAGGCCGUCGGCUGGGCGCGCAAGUACGGUCUCCGCAUCAACCUCGACUUGCACGCGCUGCCGGGCUCUCAGAACGGCUGGAACCACUCCGGACGUCUCGGCACCAUCAAUGUGCUCUACGGUCCCAUGGGUAUCAAUAACGCUGAGCGGUCGCUUGACUACAUUCGCAUCAUCGCCGAGUUCAUCUCGCAGCCCGAGUACAAGGACGUUAUCGUCAUGUUCGGUAUCACUAACGAGCCCUUUGGCCCCACAAUCGGCAAGGACGCUGUCUCCAGGUAUUACGUCCAGGCAUACAACACCGUCCGUACUGCGUCCGGCACCGGCGAGGGCAACGGCCCUUGGAUCGUCAUGCACGAUGCCUUCCUCGGUCUGACCAACUGGGCAGGCUUCCUCCCCAACGCCGACCGCAUGCAGCUCGACAUCCACCAGUACCUCUGCUUCAAUGGUCAGUCCGCAGACGACUACUCUGUCCGUGUCGGGAAUGGCCAGCCGUGCACGGCCUGGGCGAAGGGCCAGAACGACUCGAUGACCGCGUUUGGUAUGACGCACGUUGGCGAGUGGAGUAUGGCCAUCAACGACUGCGGCCAGUGGGUCAACGGCGUGAACCUCGGCGCUCGCUACGAUGGCUCGUUCACUGGGGGGGGCAACUUCCCUGUCACGGGCGACUGCUCGGUCUACAACGACUACUGGAACUACGACGACGCCUGGAAGGCGUCCAUGCAGCAGUUUGCGCUGCAGUCCAUGUCUGCCCUUCAGAACUGGUUCUUCUGGACUUGGAAGAUCGGUACCUCGACUGUCACUGGCAACGUCACUUCCCCCGCUUGGUCCUACUCCCUUGGUCUUGAGCAAGGCUGGAUGCCUACCGACCCCCGUGUCUCCGAGGGUGUCUGCGAAAACACCGACCCCUUCAACCCCCCUCUCCAGCCAUGGCAGACCGGUGGCGCAGGAGCCGGCCAGGUCCCGCAGACCGUCCUCGACUCGUUCGCGUGGCCCCCGCAGUCGCUCACCAACGAGGCCAACCUCGCGACGCUCCCGACGUACACCCAGACGGGCUCGCUCGUCACGCUCCCCGGGCCCACGUUCACCUCCGUCUCGGGCGUGACGGUCUCGACCGGGAACGGCUGGAACCAGCCGACGGACACGGCGCAGAUGUUCGUCCCCGUCGCGACGUGCGGCUACCUCGACCCCUGGAUGGGCCCCACCGCGAGCCCGGCGGCGUGCCCGCCGCUCAACCAGCGUCGCGAGGCGAGCCCGGCGGCGUUCCCGGCCCCGACCACCCCGCCAUCGCCCUCGCGCUUCGCAUGAGGCGAGGACGCUGGGUUAUCGGAGCGAUGGUUCGGAUAGUCUACGCUAGUGCUGCUACCGCUGCUGUUCUCACCAAUCUCUCACACGCGAACUGGACUCCCGGGCGCGGCGCACCCCUCAGUCUGGGAGGAUUGCCGCGUCGUACAUCGCCCUCCUUACCACGCAUCCCACACUUCUUUCGCUCGGGCGCGGGUUGUGGCGCACAGCGUGCGCCCCCUCGCGGAAGUAGUACUUGUGAUCAUUACACGGAUAGUUGCUCGGUGUCGCUGCUGCUGCUGCCGACGGACCUUCACGGACUCGUUCUACGCUGCUUGUUGUUGAUAGUACAGGCUAUUAUACGGCACUGCUCUCGCUAUCUUAUUGACUACCGUAGUGCGCGCAAUUGACGGACAGAUUUUUUCGGCUUGGGACGGUGUCUGCUUGCGCGAUUGUGGGCAAGGACCAGCGGGGACAGAUGCGGAUGUAGGUUGGGAAAUAAGCAUGUGCGUGGAUUUCAGGACUCGGCAUGGAUUUCCAGCGAUGAUAUGAUCGGAGCAGGGGUGGUGAUACAAACUAAUCCUUUAACGUCGGCCGGUCGGCAUCAGUGCUCCCCGAGCGUGGUGGCAUAGCGGUCCUCAAGAUCCUCCUGGCCGCCGAAGCCGCCCUCGAAGUCCUUGUCGAGCUCCGACUUGGCAGGCUGCUUGCUCGCGAGCUCGUCGCGGAUGGCCUUGAGCUGCUCCGCUUCCUUCGCGCGGGCGUAUUGGUCCUCGGCGGCCUGCUCCCUCGUCUUCCAGGUUCCGUCCUGUGCUGUUUGUCCGGACGACAUGGUAUCGUAGAGAUGAUGAGAGCGAACGUGAAGAGGC